CAUUAUUUAUACUACAGUAUACAUAUCUUAUGCUUAUAUAUAAGGUACUGAGCAAAGUAAUCUAGUAGAUACCUAGGUAAUACCUUGUUCUUCAUGAUUGUUCAAUGGCAGAAAACAAGCCCAGCGUCCUCUUCGUCUGCGUCCACAACGCCGGCCGCUCCCAAAUGGCAGCCGCCUACCUCGCCAGUCUCGCCGGAACCGCCAUCCAAGUCCGUUCCGCCGGGUCUGCCCCCGCCGGAUCGAUCAACCCGACGGUCCGCCAAGCCAUGCUGGAAGAAGGCAUCGACCUGGCCGACCAGCAACCGAAGCUCCUCACCGCCGCCGCCGUGCAGGCCAGCGACCUCGUCAUCACCAUGGGCUGCGGCGACGUCUGUCCUGUCUUCCCGGGCAAGCGCUUUCUCGACUGGCAGCUGGCCGAUCCCGCGGGCAAGGAUCUGGACGCUAUCCGUCCUAUUCGUGAUGAAAUCAGGCGUCGUGUCGAGGCUUUGAUCGGAGAACUGCUAGUAUCUACCUAGGUAGGUAGUUACUCAGUGGCCAACUGGGCAUAAUAUACCAUUGUCCUUAUCAAUGGUGCUAUUAUAUACCAGUUACGAGUUGGUCUAUUUUUAGAGUCAUCAUGUGAUUUGCGGUACCCUAUUUCAACCUCAUCCAUCCAUCCAUGGAUCAUAGCUGCCUGUCUAGUAUAAAUCAACAUCACAUCUGAACCCUAUUCUUAUAUAAUUAAGCCUGAUAUUGAGCCCGAACUGGCUAACCCUAAAUACAAAUCCUAAAUUUUCGUCCCAGGUACCUU